AGCUUAACCUUUCUGUUUUACUAGCAUCGCUUACUAUCUACGUCAUAUCCGGUGAGUGCGGCCUUUUUUCCUUUUUUUUUUUUUUUUUUUUUUCCCGUAUCCGCCAUUUCAGUUUUUGAAGUUAGUUGUCAUCGGUGGCUGGUCUGUUGCUGGAAUUCCGUCUCUGCGGGUUGAAAUUAGUUCGGUAUUUCCCCGCGCGACCACAGAAACAGAUCUUUAUUCUCCUCCUUUUGCGGUUUCUCGUCUGCUUUGGGGAAUCGAUGCCCGCGCGCGGCCAGCCGCAGAUGUCGCCCGUUUACUGAACGUGCUCUAGGCGCUAAAGUUUUUGUAUGAGUUGAAGGCUUCGGCAGAGCAGGGAAGGCCUGGAGAAGCCUCGGCUUUGGAGCGGUUAUCAUGGCCGGGAAUUUUGACGCGGAGGACCGCGGCAGCUGGUACUGGGGUCGGCUGAGCAGGCAGGAGGCGGUGUCGCUGCUGCAGGGGCAGAGGCACGGCGUGUUCCUGGUCCGGGACUCCAUCACCAGCCCCGGCGACUACGUGCUCUCGGUAUCCGAGAACUCCAAAGUCUCCCAUUAUAUAAUCAACAGCAUCAGUAAUAACCGGCAGUCGGGCCCAGGUUUGUCUCAUCCACGGUUCCGAAUUGGUGACCAGGAGUUUGAUGCUCUUCCUGCUCUGCUCGAGUUCUACAAAAUUCACUACUUGGACACCACCACUUUGAUAGAACCCAUCAACAAGUCCAAACACCCCUCCUGCAUGAGCGUGGCCCACGGUGCCCCACCACGCCUGGAGGACGAGUUUGUGCGAGCGCUCUUUGACUUCCCCGGUAACGACGAGGAGGAUCUUCCGUUUCGGAAAGGAGACAUUCUCCGAGUUCUGGAGAAGCCGGAGGAGCAGUGGUGGAACGCCCAGAACUCCGACGGCCGGACGGGGAUGAUCCCCGUGCCGUAUGUGGAGAAGUACCGGCCAGCAUCUCCCAAUUCGGCGGCGGGGCCGGGGAUGGCUGGCGUUCCCCCAAGCGUUCUGCCCAUGCACGGGAACUCUGAUGGCUCCGGGGGCCAGCCUGGCGUCCCACUGCUGGGAGACCCCAGCCAGUACGCUCAGCCCACUCCUCUCCCGAACCUCCAGAACGGACCUGUGUAUGCCAGGGCCAUACAGAAGAGGGUUCCUAAUGCGUAUGACAAAACCGCUCUGGCUUUGGAGGUAGGCGACAUGGUGAAGGUGACCAAAAUCAACGUCAACGGUCAGUGGGAGGGGGAAUGCAAAGGCAAGAGGGGCCACUUCCCCUUCACACACGUCAAACUGCUGGACCACCACAACCCCGAGGACGAGCUCAGCUGAGAGUGGACCUCCAGAGCACCACCUGGACACUAGUAUUACCCCACAACCCUCUUCUCCUUACCUUAUCCCCCGCACACCCCCAUCCCCUUAUGUCUCCUUGAGCUUUCACUUGCACCAAGUACAGUUUCAAAGGAUCCCUGAGAACAAAAAAGGACCUUGUUGCCACCUUGUGAUCAUUUUUACCUGCCUUCCUGCUAAAACAGUUUCAGUUCAUGAAUGUGGAAAAAUGCCCCGUGCCGUUCCUGUGCUUCUGAUAAUUCAUUAUUCCUUCACACUGUCUUGUUUUUUUUUUUCUUCACGUCUUUUUGACAACUGUCGCCAUGGAAACAGUCCGCUUCAGUCAUUCUUGCUGCAUUCAUGUCAGAUGGGAAUACAUUAACAUUCUAGUUUGUCCUGUUUUUUUCUCCUUGAUGCUGCCUAUAUGAUUAUUUAAGAACUAUCUGAAGUUAAACGGUUUCCAGGUCAGGAGGUCAGUGGGAAGAGUGGAGCUUGACAGCCUGAUAGCAGACGUGAAGUUCCAGGGAAAAAAAAGGGUUUGACCUUCUAGAAAUGAAACAUUUGGAUUUGAAACCUUUUGGUUAAGAAGCUCCAGAUCCAAACCUGUUCUCACCAACUGUAAACUGCAUCGAAGAAUGUCCUCAUUGUGGAAAAAAAGCUAAAUUCUGACAAAUAAGAAUAUUUUUUUUAACAAACUCCCAUCUGCAGAUGUAAGGGUAUUCGUUGGAGGCAGAGCCACAAUGUGUCUCAGAAGGAGGGGCUUCAAGGAUCACCUGGAGCCCAGCAGCUCAAAACAGGCUAAUGUGGUUUAUAGCUUCAGUGACCCAGAAAACUGCAACUCUCUCACCACCUGUUCCACCAUCACAUCCAACCAUGUAGUCUUUUGUAGGAAAAAUAGCUCAAAUUGUAAUGAAAUUAUUUUUAUCAUUUCAGUCUGAAUAUUUUGUUUUCCUCUGCUCCAUGUCAGGAUGGACCGCUCCACAGACGACUCACCUGUAGCUCCAGCAGGAGAACCUUCUCUUUUUCCAUUUGAUGUAGACGUUUAAGCUGAACAGAGUGAAUGUAGGACGCCCGCCGUAUUAGUUUGUGUCUCAUAUUUGUGGUCUUCGUUUAGCUCACUGUCUUAGAGAAGCAGAUGGAAAUCUUUUGGUUUCCAUCUUUGUCGUCUCCUCUCACUGAUUAGUUCUUAGUCUCUUUUCUUUAGUGCUUCCUCCAUGUCUGUCACUCUUUUAUUUAAUUACUUUUACAGGAUGAAAGCAUUUUUUUCUCCCUCUUUUAAUUUCUAUUUUGACAAAUCCCCCAGCUGAAUUUUGUUCUGUUUGAAUAUUUCCACCUGCUGACAUCUGACAAUCAUCCAGCCUUUGCAUCACAGAGACGAGAGGCUUGGUUUGGCGACACGUGGAUCUGCUAGAACCUCCAUGUUCACUAACCGAACGCUUCCACUUGUCCAGAUCCAGUUCUUCAGGCCGCCUCUGGUGGCGUCACGACAACAAUGGGCGUCUUUCCUGAAAGCAUCUACAAAAGAAAUUCAGAGUUUGAAUUCUUCCAAACUGUUUUCUGUUUUAGGAUUAGAAUCUUGUCUGUUGCGUAAAAACGGCUCUGAUGUAAAAGUUUAGCCCGACGUUCUCAUGGUUUCAUGUGAAGCGUACUCUGGGAACACUUCUUAUUUCCCAGCCAGUUUGAACACAAACCAUAGCGACGAUCAAAGCCAGCUUCGUUGUCUCUUGAACCGCACGUGACAGAGGUCCUCCUAAAACGCUCUGCCAACGAAACCACCAUGAAGUAUUUUUUUAGUUGCCCUGCAUGAAGUUGAUCUUUUCCUUUGGAACAAAGGAAGGGACGGCAAAAUUUUGCAGUGGAAACCGUGUCAUUUUAAAAUGUGCCAUUUUAUUAUAACACUAUAUUCUUUCAAGAAUUACCUUUUAUUUUCUGUAGCAUGUAAUGUGUUAUCAUACUAUUAAAUAAAAUCAAACUCAUACAAAAUGAA